CUGAUGUCCACGCUCCCUCCCUGGAUUUUCCUUCUUGAAUUGCAAAUUAAAUAUGAUGAAGAACAGUUUUCAUCUGUUUGUACUGUUGUGCCUCUGCAUGGCUUUGCAUGGCACCAUUCAGCUUGACAGCAGUUCUUUCGUUAUCUACAACGAGGAGCACAACAAGUGUGUACGGGUGGCGGAGGGGAACGCAGUGCAGGCUGGCGACUGCGACCAGACAGCAGAGACACAGCACUUCCGCUGGAUCUCCUCUUCACGCCUGAUCAGUGUCUCGCACAAGCUGUGUCUUGGCGUGCAGGACCUGAAAGAGUGGUUGCGUGUGCUCCUGGUGCCCUGCAACGAGCUCAGCCUCAUGCAGACAUGGGAGUGCAAGAAUAAAACAUUGUUUGGCCUGAAGGGCCAGUCUCUGCACUUAAACUAUGGCAACCGGGAUGAGCCCAACGUGCUGCUGUACACGGGCACAGGAUCAUGGAGCCACUGGGAGAUCUACGGGACCAAGGAGAACCUGUGCACUCAUGGAUAUGAAGAGCUAUUUACCAUUGGGGGCAAUUCGUUUGGCAGCCCGUGCCAUUUCCCUUUUAAGUUUGGGGAGAAGUGGUAUGCUGAGUGCACCUUGGAAGGUCGAGCUGACGGGCUGUCAUGGUGCUCCACAGAGUCGGACUACAGCAAGGACAAUAAAUGGGGUUUCUGUCCUACUAAAUCUAUAUCAGAUUGGAACACUGACCCAGUCACUGGUGUGUUAUACCAGAUGAAUACUCAGUCAGCGCUGACCUGGCAUCAGGCACGCAAGAGCUGCCAGCAGCAAGAUGCUGACCUGCUCAGCAUCAUCGAGCUGCAUGAACAGACCUACAUCUCAGGUUUAAUCAAUAUACUUGGCUCUGCUCUGUGGAUUGGACUAAAUAGUCUGGACUUUGAAAGUGGCUGGCAAUGGAGCAAUAGAAAUCCCUUCAGAUAUCUGAACUGGGCUCCAGGCCACCCCUCGCUGGAGCCUGGACUGAACUGUGCAGCACUGAAUGCUGGGAAAGCGUCCAAAUGGGAGAGCAUGGCAUGUAGUAAGAAACUGGGCUACAUUUGCCGCAAGGGGAAUUCCAUUGCCAUUAUACCUUCAAUAGGUAAGGAUCAGCUCAGUUUCUGCCCAGUUGGCUGGGUGCCAUAUGCAGGCCACUGUUACUCUCUCCAGCAUAAUAAAAUGAUGUGGAAAGACGCCCUGGCAGCCUGUCAUGAAGAAGGAGCAGACCUAGCCAGCAUUCACAACAUAGAGGAGUACAGCUUUCUCAUAUCACAGAGUGGAUACUUGCCCAAUGAUGAGCUAUGGAUAGGCCUAAAUGAUCAGAAGACUCAGAACUUGUUUGAAUGGUCAGACAGAACCCACGUUACCUUUGCCAUGUGGGUGGUGGGAGAACCUUCACAUGCAGUAAACCACAGGGAGGACUGUGUUCUCAUGAAAGGAAAGGAGGGGAAGUGGGCAGACCAUAUGUGUGACAAAGAGCAUGGCUACAUCUGUAAGAAGAAAGCCUCCAGCAAACCUGCGGGAUUACCUGAGUUGGUCAGUCCAGGAUGUCCCACUGGUUGGAUCAGAUUUAGCUCUUUCUGUUAUAGCAUUCCUGUAGAAGCCAAAACCUUCAAUGAGUCCAAAUUGACUUGUGGUAAGCAGGGAGCUGACCUAGUGCAGAUUAAUGACAGAUAUGAGAAUGCUUUUCUUAUCAGCCAAGUUGGUCUACGAUCUGAGAAAUAUUUCUGGAUUGGUCUGUCCAAUACUGAACAAGCUGAUCACUUUGAGUGGACAAAUAAGGAAAUACUCAAAUUUACACAUUUUAAUGUAGGAAUGCCAGAUAAGCACCAGGGUUGUGUUGCCAUGCUAACCGGGACCUCGGUAGGAUUAUGGGAUGUAAUUUCCUGUGAUCAGAAACAGAAGUACAUCUGUAAGAAAAUAGCAGAAGGUGUUACUACCACUAAAGUGCCAGCUACGACACAACCUUUCAGCUGCCCCUCCGAUUGGAUCAAAAAAGAUUCUGCCAAUUGCAUUCAGGCAUAUAAAAAUGAAAUUGACAAUAAGAAAACAUGGAUUGAAGCCCGUGAUUUCUGCAGAGCCAUUGGUGGUGACCUUGCAAGCUUGCACUCUGAAAGUGAAAGUAACUCUCUUCCUUAUAAUAGUAUCUGGAACACAGCAUGGAUUGGGUUUUCCUCUCUGGAUGCUAAUACUGGCUUUUUGUGGACAGAUGGAACUCCAUCAGAUUAUGAAAACUGGAACUCUGGUGAACCCAAUAAUUACAAUAAUAAUGAGCAUUGUGUGGAAGUUAUUUUACAACAUGGAUGCGAAUGGAAUGAUAGGGACUGCGAUGCCUACAAUGACUGGAUUUGCCAGAUCAGCUUGGGUACAACUCCAAAACCACCACCUACAAAUGUCCCCCAAGCGGAGUUUAACAUAACUGCUGAUGGCUGGAUCGAGUUCAGUGGUUAUCAGUACUUCAUCAAUAAAAAUGCUCUAUCAAUGGAAGAUGCUCGUGACUUUUGCAAAAAAAACCACUCUGACCUCAUUGUCAUUACUGGCCAAACUGAGAGGAAGUUUAUUUGGAAACAGAUUUCAAGGAGCUCAGACAAACUGUACUACAUCGGAAUGACAGUUGCAUUGGAUAAAUCAUUCAGUUGGGUAGAUGGUUCCCCAGUUGUCUUUACAGCAUGGAACAAAAAUGAACCAAACUUUGCCAACAACGAUGAGAACUGUGUAGCCAUGUACACUGAUAUGGGCUUCUGGAAUGAUAUCAACUGUGGAAUACCAUUACCUUCUAUCUGUAAAAGAAGCAUUAAUUUCGUUCCAAAUACAAUGCCACCAGUAACUGCACCAACAGGAGGUUGUGCUCUUGAAUGGGUCUCUUUCCAGGGAAAAUGUUAUAAAUUUUUAGGGAAAGAUUAUGAGCGAACAUGGCAUGAUGCUCGGCAAUUUUGCAUCUCUCUAGGAGGCAACUUGGUUUCCAUUGGGAGUCAAGCAGAACAAGCAUUCCUCACUACCAUGAUGUUCAAUACACAUGAUGACGUGUGGAUUGGCUUGAAUGAUAUCAACUGGGAGAUGCACUUCCUGUGGACGGAUGGCAAAAGUGUCCGGUUCACCAACUGGGCCAAAGGUCAUCCAGUGUCAGUCCCACAUGACAGCAGAACAUAUGGAUCACAUCCAUUUAUGUCAUGGAAUAUGAAUCACCAUAAAGCUAUAAUACCGUUUAUACGGUGGCUAGAGGAUGAAGCCAAGUUUGACUGUGCCAUUAUGGUGAGGGCAACAGACAAAAUCACUGGCAUGUGGAAGGUUGAAGACUGCAGCGAAAAGCGAGGUUUCAUCUGCAAGAAGAACAUUGACUCUCAGAUCCAAGCUCCAGUGACAACAGCAUCACUGCAGCCAUAUUUUGUGCUGGGAAACAACUCAUUCAAGCUACAGAUGGAGAAGAUGAACUGGGACGAGGCCAGGAGGCAGUGCAGGGCAGAUGAUGCUGACUUGGCCAGUGUUCUGGACUCCAUCACCCAGGCUUUAACAAUUCUUAGGAUUGACAGAUCCAAACAGCCUAUGUGGAUCGGCCUCAACAGCAUCCUGACAGGGGGGCAGUACCGCUGGGUAGACAACUGGAUGCUGAGCUAUGUUAACUGGGGAAAGGGAGAGCCGAGUCAGAACCAGGCCUGCGUGUACAUCGACACGGAUGGAUACUGGAAAACGGCAAACUGCAGCAACACCUACUACUCCUUCUGCAAGCGUUCCUUAGUUGUUGCCCCCACUGAGCCUCCUCAGCUCUCUGGAAACUGCCCUGAACCAAAGCAACACAAGACCUGGAUCCCAUUCCGAGGACACUGCUAUGCUUUCUUGGCCUACAAGAAGGAGAACUGGGCCCACGCUACAGUAGAAUGCAUUAGAAUGGGUGCAUCACUGGUAAGUGUAGAAGAUGGGUUAGAAUCCCAGUUCAUCCACAAGAAUAUUGAGAUCCUCCAGGAUGAGUCCCCUUCUUUCUGGAUUGGCAUGCACCGCAGCUAUGAAGGCAACUGGAUGUGGAUUGGUAAUGCAGUGGUAGACUACACUAGCUGGGGACCACGGAUGCCAGGUAGCCAUGGUGACUGUGUUGAUGUAAAAUCAGACAGUGGCUUGUGGUUUACUUCACCAUGUAGUAACUUCAAGUCCUUUAUCUGCAAAACUGCCAAAGUUAUACCAUCAACAGAGAAGCAGCCAGAUCCCAUGCCCCACAUGGUUGAGGCCCCUCAUGGCCAUGCAGGCACUGCUGUAGCGGUUGUCCUGAUGAUAAUUGCCGUGGCAGGGCUGGUUGCCUUCCUGUUCUUUAAAAGGGCGCCCAUACCCAUGAUAGGAAAAUUUAUGUUAAAUGAGAAAAAUGCCAGAAGAUCUACAACCACUGUCAACAGCAUUGGAUUGGUUGCCAACAUAGAAGAAAAUGAAUAUGCAUAGCACUCACCCUUACAUGUGGGAAUACACACACACACACUCGCACAUGCACACACACAAAGACAUACAUGCUGUACUGAACACAAGCUGUAUUGAUGUAGAUCACAAACAAAAGGAUGAACUUGGCCGCAUCAUGUAGUGAGAUUCUUGAGAUUUUUUAUUAUGAAAAAAAGUAAAAUUGACAUGUAAUCACAUUAAUUCAUAAACUGUAUGCCACUAUAUUCAUGGGUAUAUAUUUGGAAUUGGUAGCUCAGUGGGUAAGCUACUUGAUUUGUAAUCAGAAGGUUGCCAUUUUUGGGCCCCUGAGUAAGACCCUUAACCCUCAGUUUGUACUCAGUAAAGAUUGUGAGUUGCUUUGGAUAAAAGUGUCAGGUAAAUGUAUUCAUACCCUGUGGCUUCUACUAAGCUGUUCUUUAUUGUGUGGUGUCCAUCACUGACCAGUGGGGGAGAACAUCUAGGACUCCCAUCUUACUGUGCUCCUCCACACAUCAUAUAGUGUUUAACAUGGUCGAUUUAUUAGUUAUUUGUGCUUUGUUUGUGAUGUCUUCUUAUGUUUGUGUCUAGUAAUGUCCACCUUCACUAACUUCAGUUAGUUAGUUUUGCUUCCGGGGGGUGUGUAUGUUGUGCUUAUUGGAGCCAUGAGACCUGACUCCUCUGUCUUUGUAUCAGUGCUACAUUGUUGUUGUUCAUGUAAAUGUUUUUAUAGCAAAUAAAUGUUUUUAAAACCUAAAAGACUGACAAUGGAAAAACAUGCACAACAAUCAUUGACUAAGAUUCUACUGACCAGAGGUAUCGAUUUCAGACAAUCACUAUAAUAACAAACGCAAUGACGCAACCAAGCCAAAAUUAACACAAAUUAUUUGUUGUGGAUAAAAAGAAAUGAAAAGCAACUUGAGGGAAUGACUAGCCAAGCAAUUUAUCAACCAAACAAAACCAACAAAGGAAACUUGUUA